AUGAAAAAAAUUGUGCUAAGAAUAUGCAAGGUGUAUCUUGGUGUCUUCCCCAGAAGUUCCGGUAAAAAUACGGAAAAGAAUGGACUGAAUGCUAAGAAGAAGAAGAGGAAAAAGAAGGACAAUGUUGAUGAUGAAAAGUUUCGAGUAUGGCUCGCCAGAAAGUCUAAAAUGAAUGCUUUUCAGAAUUCAAAGCACAAUGUUAAACGAGCAGAUCACAAAAAGAAAAUUGAAUUCGCAACUGAGACCAAUGAUUUGGAAGCUAACGACGUUGAUACCGAUGCAAAAAAAAUUCAAUCAAAAGUGGAUGAUGAAAAAUCAGAUGACGACAACAACAAUAAUAAUAAUAUAAAUGUUGGUGACGUAAAACCGGAUGCAUGUGAUAAAGGAAACUAUCCAGUUGUUGAUAAUUCUAUUAAAUCAGAUGUCGUUGACAUGCUACCAGCAUCCACGAGCGGAAAUCUCGCGGCGAACGUCACCCAAGAUCUGGCCACAGACAUGCAAGCAAAGCAAACAACAGACAGUGGAUCAACUGACAGCAUGGUAGAAGUCGUCGUUAAAAAUGAUAUGGAGGAUGGGGAGGAGGAUUUACAGGAUGAUGACUUUGAAGUUGAGAUUAGUGACUUGGACUCGUCUGACUACGAAGAGGAACAGUCUGAAAGCACCUUAUUGAACGAAUCAGAAGAUACAAAAUGCUUAACCAACAGUGACUCCAAUAAUAAUAAUAAUAACAACAACAAUAAUAAUAAUAAUAAUAAUGAUGACACCAAAGACUUAACACUAUCGAACAACUUCAGUCAGUCUGACCUCGAAAACAGUAUUAACAACGAUAACAACAGUAACAUCAACAAUGAUGUACAUCUAUCAAAGACAGCCAGUAGUGAAAGUAGUGAUGGAAACAAAGACAGCAAUGCCGUCAUGGAUGUGAAUGAUCGGAAAAAUAAUAUUAACGACGUCGACAUGAAUACGGCUGCAUGCGACAGCGCUAGUUGCAGCAGUAGCAGUAACCACAUCGACCCUGAGAGCGACAACGUAAGUGACACUAGCAAUGAUAACAAGAUUCACAAACAUGACAACGUGAAGAAUUCAAAGGCCUUAAAACGAGUUUUUUCUAGCUCAACCAUCUCAAUUAAAUCAAGUAAAAUAUAA